UAUUUAAGCAAUCAAUUCUAAACCUGAGUAAUUUCUUGACAUUUUAUUUAGGAAAAAUGCGUGUGACCAACGGUGUAGCUGUCCAACAACAGCUGUUCAAUCCCGAUAACGAUAUACUGACGUCAAUGCGGCUUUUAUCUGGUGCUUUAAACGAAUAUAUUCAAGAACGUCGUCCAUCUGAAGGUGUCGAUAAGACAAAGGUUCUGUUCCAUCAACUUGUGGAUGUUAUGCUGGCCAAGUGGUCGACGUAUUUCGUACCGGGAAAUUCGUCAAAAUACAAGAAAGUUUUCCAGCGAGCUCUCGGGAUUCAACCCCAGUUGGCACAACUUGAUGAAGAAUCUUUCGACAUUAAUCGUCAUCAACAUGACUUAGAAUGUUUAGCUAGAAUGGCUUCUUCGAUUAAGCGUAAAGAUAUCGAACAAGAAAUUCGCAUGCGGCUACCUCAUCAACCUCCAAUACAAAAUGCUACUAUGAUUAAUUUGAACAGGAAAGAAGGCUGGAUCAAGUUGGAAGAAGAAGGAAAGCAUUACUUUGAAAUGAAUGAAUGGAAAUUAGCUCUGGUUCGAUUUAGUCAAGCAAUUGGUUUAAAUUCUGAAAAAGGAAUUCUUUACUCUUGUCGAGCGAAAUGUGAACUUCAUUUAUCAAAAUUUCAAUUGGCGUUAGAAGAUGCUCAAGAUGCCGUUGAGCUCGAUCCAAAGUGCGAGGAAUACAGACGUCUUUUGUCGGAGGUAUCUUCUGGAUUCAUACCAUGUCAACCAAUAACAUCAAAGCAGACCGACUUCUACCAAUUGGGUCGUGACUAUUUUUACGGCGAUAAUGGAUUUGUUCAAGAUCAUAUCGAAGCGGAGAAACACCUCAGAAAAGCUGCUGCAGCUUGUCAUAUAAACGCCAGUUUGUUGCUAGCGAAACUAUUAUUGAGAAAAGAGAGAUCUUGUGAAGCAUUUCCUCUUCUCCAAUUUACUGCUGAGAAAGGUAUGGUUGAAGCUCAGUACCUAUUCGGGCGCCAGUUGAUAUAUGGCGAUGGAUGCACUCGACAUGAACCAUUAGCCAAAAAAUGGCUCUUUAAGGCCUGUGCCCAAGGUUUUAAACCGAAGAACAUGAGGACCGUUAGAUGGGUCGAUGUGAUUGUGAGACAAGCCGAAUCUUUGGCUCAAUUUGAGUGGGCGAACAGUAUCAACAGCAAAGGAAUCAGCCUUCAUAAAAGACUUGCACGAUUCACAUCUCAUACUCGCUUUGAGUUUGAUGAAUUCGAUGAACUUCUUAAAUCCGCCAUCCAAUUUAAUACUCGUUAUCCGGCAAAAGAAGCAAUCUCAUUGUUGAAGCCGGAUAUUGAAGUGUGGAUGCCCAUGAUGAUGAAAAGAGCUAAAAAUCAUUCAUUUCAAGCCCAAUCUUUUUUUCUUGCUCAUGGACUUAUCAUGGAAGCACAAAAAUUGCUGCUUAGCAAUCAGACUGUGCAAUCACUGAAAAUGCUGCGAGAAGCUUGCUCUUUUACAGCUAGCAGACAAUGGGAUUAUCCCAUCAUUGAUACCUCAAUGUUUGCAGAUGCAGCGGAAGAAAUGCUGAAGAAUAAUGAAGCCAAUGCUGAAGCCUAUCAUGUGUUAAUCAGCUCAGACAGAUGUUUAUCCAUUGAAAACAAACUUUGGUUGGCUGUUCAGUGCGUUAAGCUUGAUCCAUCUGUUCCCGAUUUCCAUCACUCCUUGGCCCGCGUGUAUGGCGAUAUGGGAGACUACCGAAGAGCUCUACGCUCCAUUGAUGUAGCUCUGCAGAUGUUUGUGCAUUCAGACUGGUUGUACGAUCGGGCACAUCUACUUCGAUUGAGCAAGGCUAAACCGGAUUCGGAAGUCGUUAAUGCCUAUGUGAAAUAUCUUUCUUGUAGUCCUCCUGAUGCCGUUCACAUUCCCGAUGCUUAUUAUUGUAUAGCCUUAGCUCGUUACGCAAUGUCUCAUUUAAAAGAAUUCACUGUCGCUUUGAAAAAUGGUCAAAAAGCGGAGAGUUCCGAAAUUCGCUUACCGUGUUUUCGGGCUGUCAAGAAGAAUGGUUAUGUUAUCAAACAAGUUCCUAAACAGGAUGUGAAGACUAAUUCACAAUCGGAUGGUAAGAAAAAGAAAAAAAUUUUCGAAAUUCUGUGUGUUGUAUGUUCCAAGGGAAACCCUUUACACUUUUGCCCGUUUUGCCAUAACUGGACAUGUGGGAAUGAUGAGCAAAAUACGUCGGCUGCGAUGCACGACUGUCAAGCGAGUCACAUUGCCUGUCACAAGUCAAUCGCCUCUGCCAGCUCGGAAUAAUUUUAGAACUCAACACGUUCUAGUGACUGUUUACCUUUCUUUAACGUACUGCGUUUGAGUUUCUUCUUUGAAUCGUUUUAAGUGUGCCAGACUUGGUCUGUAGUAUGAAUGUUGCAAACAUUCUUGUCAUUUAAAUCUCAGAGCUGUUGCUGCUUGCCUAUCCAUAUUUUCAGCAACUUGGAUAAUGGAAUUAUUUUUGUGACUGCGUACAAACCAUUCUCGUUCAAGUGUUAAUAGUGACAUUAUUAACUGUGCCAAGCUUUGGCAGCUACCAACUCUUUAUCUUUCCUGUAAUCUUAUAACCCAGUUAAACUUGUUGUCCAAAUAGAGGUAAAUAGUUUGGA